GCGGACCUGCGAGGCGAGCAGCUGAAGGGCCGAGACCUGCAGCGCGCCAAGCUGCCGGCGGCGAGGCUGGCGGGCGCGAACCUCAAGGGAUCCGACCUGCGCGGCGCGGUGCUCGUGAAGGCGGUGCUGCAGGAGGGGCAUGUCCUCGACCCGCCGGACCGGGCGGCCAACCUCUCUGACGCCAAGCUGGCCGGCACCAGCCUGAAGGCCGCCGACCUGCGCAUGCCGGGCGAGUCGGUGCGCGUCGUUGUGCUCAUCUUUGCGAAUCUGGCCGGCGCCUCUAUGGAGGGGGCCCAGCUCCGCGGCGCGAAGCUCAAGAGGGCGCAGCUGCAGGGGGCAACUCUCCUUGGUAGGGCGCAGCUACAGGGGGCAGAUCUCCGCAAGGCGAAGCUGCACCAGGGGGCAUUUCUCCAGGGUGCGCAGCUGCAGGGGGCAUUACUCGCCUAUGCGGAGCUGCAGGGGGCACUUCUCUUCUCUCCGCAGCUACAGGGGGCAGAUCUCGGGUGGGCAAAGCUACAGGGGGCAUGGCGCCUCGAGGCGCAGCUGCAGGGGGCGAAGCUGCAGGGGGCGCAGCUGCAGGGGACAGUUCUCUUCGAGGCGCAGCUACAGGGGGCGAACCUCGAUGGGGCGGUGCUCUCCAAGGCGGACCUCACCGGCGCCAACCUCGCCGGCGCCAACCUGAAGAAUGCCGACUUGCGCGGCGCCGUCCUCACCGGCGUCAUCCUCACGUCGGCCAACCUCGAGGGCGCCGACCUGCGCGGCGCCGACCUCACCGGCGCCAUCCUCGAGACGGCGAACCUGAUAGGUCCAGGUGAUAGCCCUGGAUAG